CUGUCCACUUGCCCUGCAGUCAACAUGGGGACUUCGUGGGCACUGGUUGCCUGCCUGGUCCUGUGCGUUGGCAGCGCCGUCAGUUUGCCGUCGCUGGGAACGGUCGGCGACGAAGACGAGGCAAAUUACAUUCUGCCGGAGGGGUUCCUCCUGGGCGGCGGCACGAGCGCGGUCCAAACCGAGGGCGCGUGGGACGAAGAUGGCAAGGGCGUUAACGUGUUCGACGCGUACUAUCACAGCCACAACAAGUCAACCGACCAAACAGGAGACAUUGCAGCCGAUUCGUAUCACCGCUACAAGGAAGAUAUCGGAAUUGCUGCUGAUAUUGGACUGAACGCUCUACGUUUCUCCAUUUCCUGGGCGAGGAUAUUUAAGACUGGCCGUAAGGACUCCAUCAACCCGGCAGGCGUGCAGCACUACCAUGACGUCAUUGAUGAAAUGCGUCGAAAGAAUAUCGAACCAGUGGUGACCAUCUACCAUUUUGAUCACCCUCAAGCUCUGCAUGAGGAGUUCGACGGGUGGCUUGGCGAACAAAUGCCCGCCGUCUUCGCUGAGUUCGCAGACUUUCUGUUCGCAGAGUACGGAAGCAAGGUACGUGGCUCCAUGUACGAUGUCGGAAACAGGUGUUAAGUUGAAGCCUCGCGA